UCUAUAUAAAAUAUUAAUAAAAUUGUAAUUUGAUGUCCUAAUAUGAUCUUAUCUUCCCUCAUUUUAUUUAUAUUCGGGAACAUGUUAAUUUUUACGUGUUUUCAAAGCAUGCUUUAUUCAUUUUUGUGUAAAUAACGAUUUCUGUUUCACGCGGGAUUGAUACCUGCAUAUGACGCACUUACCGAAAAUCUGGCAAUCCGGGCGCCAUUGAUAUCCGUUCUAUUUUAAUGGUGCCACUUUAUUUUAAUGCAAAGUUUCCAAAGAAUGUUCUGUUGCCCAUCGGAAGGUAAAAAUUUGAUGUGAUAUCUUAGAUGGAUCAUUCAAUUUUAAAGGAAUGCAAAUGUUGCAGGGUGCAUUUUCUCUCAUCCAAAAUUUCGUGACAAUAAAAGACAGGAUGAUAAUUCAAGUUCAUUCCUUGUAACUUCAAGAAAAGAAAUAUAAGAGAAUUGCAGAACAGCAUCUUAUUAAUUAUAGUAUAAUCUAAAAUGGAUCCUAGCAACAUGACAUAUGAAAUGCAGCAAGAGAGACCGCAUGGUUGUGAGAUUUGCGGUAAAAGGUUUAAAAAAGGUAACCAACUUAGACAACAUUUAAUUAUUCACAAACCACCAGAUAAACGACCUUACAGCUGCUAUAUCUGUGAAAGAACUUUCAAUAGAUCUCAUCAUCUAAAGCUUCAUGUGAUUGCCCAUACUAAACAAAGUCCUUAUCGUUGUGAAAUCUGUGGCAGGGGGUGCAACCAGAUGAGUAAUCUAAGACGUCAUUUACAAACUCACGAGUCAGAAAGAAAUCAUGCCUGUGAAUAUUGUGGUAAAACCUAUGUAGAAGAAACUACUCUUCAAAAACAUUUAUUAAAACACACUCAAAAGAGUGUAUACCAGUGCGAUUCGUGUGAUAAAACUUUUUACAAAGCUGGAAAUUUAGAAAAACAUGCCUUAGUUCAUAAUACUGAUCGGCCUUAUAUGUGUACAAUAUGUAAUAAAGGCUUUGUUAGAGAAAGUAGUUUAAAGCAGCAUCUGGCUACACAUACUGAAGAUGACCCACACAGUUGUGAUGUGUGUGGACGACGGUUUAGACGCCUGGGUAAUUUUGAAAAUCAUUUGAUUACACAUACUGGGUAUACACCUCAUGUUUGUGAUAUCUGUGGAAAAAAAUUUCUUCAAGUUGGAAGUUACCGGCGUCAUUUGCGUUCACAUAAUGAGGGUUUGAAAGAAGCAACUCGAAUUAAUCUUGAAGGGAGAAAUGAUACAACAAUGUAUUUAUUGCAAGAUGAUGUUGAUGAUGGAUUGGAAGAUGAUGAGGACGAUGGUUCUAACAUAAUGGCACCUGAAAUUUCCAUCAGAGAAUAUGAUAGUGAAAAUAUGAUAUUAAAUACUAUGGAAGGUGAAACUUUAAUGAUUGGUGAGCCCGAUGGUCAAGGGAAUGUUACUGUCAUAGGAUCAGCAUGUUCGAUGGAAGAUAUUCAGAAUUUAGGAGGUGAUGGAAAAGAGUAUUAUUUAAUUGAAGUAAAAGAUUGUACAGAUAAUGGAGAAGUUGAAGCUAAAGUGUUUGAAUAAUAUUAAUAUGAAUUCAUUGCAUUUUGUUUUCAGCAAAAGCAAUUUGUGUAAAAGUAGUUUUGUUUUCUGUAAUAAACUUAAGUUGACUCA